AUGGCAGGUUUAGUAGAUUAUGGAAGCAGCGAUGAGGAGGAUUCACUUCAGAUUGACAACCCGCAGACUUCCUCGAACACUUCUGGAGAUAUAAUAUCCAACAAUUCACCUACCAAUGGUACAGCACAAGAUGUGCGGCCACACGCGAAAGAGCUUCCAUCUACAGAAACCUCACGGACUAUCGAACUACCAAGCAAUCCAAAACCAAACGCUCCGCUCGUGGGACCGCAAUUGGGGCCAGUCGAGGCGACUGACUUGUCAGAAUUAGAGGAUGCCAUGAGCGGGGAACGAGAUGGAGAACCACAGUCACCAUACUCCGCGAAUCGAGCUUUGUUACGAGAUCUUACCCUCCCGACAGUCCCUAAUUACGAUAUCCCCCCUUCACCCCCAGGCUCACCAGUAGCCAGUACGAAUGCGAAAUUUAAGCACUUCCUCGAACUUAAGAAGCAAGGGACACAUUUCAAUGAAAAGCUUGCAAAGUCAGCGGCGCUCAAAAAUCCGAGUUUGAUGCAGAAGCUCAUGGACUUCGCAGAUAUUGACGAAGCGGAACAAUAUGCAACAAUCCUUCCUCAGGAUCUAUGGAACCCGGCCGGAUUUCCUGAGUAUGCUUAUAAGGAGGAACUCGCGAAAAGCCAACAAAAAAUCUUGAAGGAUAGAGAGGAAAGGAAAGCUCGAGGCCAGAGAGAAGCUCUGGACUUUGUACCUGCAACAGCCUCGGGCGACCCUCGCAGCGCGAUUUCAAAUACUAGUGGCAUCAAUGGAAAGGGACAAAAAAGCACCGCCGAACGAAUCAUGGCGGUACUUGAUAAGGGCAGGCCUAAUUCGUCAAACACGCAAGGCGUCAAGAGAAAGACAAGAUUUGAGAGUUGAGAUUCACGGCCUGUUGAUGAAGACACAUUCAAAACCAAAACAAGACGGUUCAAGCAUCGACUUAAGGACUAUGUACGACUUUAGGUCUUUACUUGGGAGGUCUGCGAUAAAAGGAAAGACCUUGGGACACUUGGAACACUCGAGAUUCCAUCAUCAUAAGGUCCCAGGGUCGAGAGCCUUGGUUGUCAUCAGAUGACAAGAGACUCAGAGACUUUGUUUUACAAUAGUCCAGCAGACCCAUGAUAUUACUUCUGAUAUUGUUUCUACUUCUCGUGUAUUCACGAGAUCCGAGCAUGCAUAUAUAUCACGAGAUAUUUAAUGUAUUUGACUAAUCUCAAAAAGAAGGGAAACGGGUCAAAGUAGAAUUUGGAUUGAGGCUCUCUGAAUAUUUGAUGAUAUUCAAUAUAGUGAGGGCGAAGAAUUAGAAAGAAAUCUAGGCUGAUCCAAAUUCCACACGAAAACAUCUUACUCGUGGCUUAAAUGUCCACCACCCCCACUGGCCAUAUGGCAUACAUUUAUGUUAUAUCCACAUUCAUCAUUAUUAUUAGUCUCAGUUCCACCCCAACAUGGGGAAAAAUCGAUUUCUAUAACUACUUGUACGAGUAUAUGUAAUGAAGAUGACGUUUGUCCGUGCGUAGAAGCUUAUUACUGGUGUUUAUGUUAUUUUGUUUUCGCAGAUCAUUUUCGAUAAUA